CACACGCUCUCCCUCUAUGUCUCUCUCCCGUCGCGCCUUUCUCUCUGAAUUUUCUCUCACUCAACGGCAGAAGUUGUGUGACGGAGUUCACACCACAGAGCGGCCGGGGAAAAUCUCACGAGCAGCAACAAGACCGCUCGGGGAAAUGAAGAGGAGGCUACAGAAGAAAUACUUGAUUUUAAUCCUCGGUUACUCGGGCUUGCUACUGCUGGUUCCCUAUAUCUUUGACUACGGCGGCAAGCCCACACUUGUAAAAAAUGGACAACAACAGCCCAAAUGCCCCGACCUGGAGAGCACCAUGGCUCUGUGGAAUAACGGCGAGCGGUCCAACAGCACCGCAGACACGGCGUACGAGUACGCCGCCAACCGGAGCGGCAGGGCUCGGACCAACAUCUACCUGCACGCCACCUGGAGAACAGGCUCGUCGUUCCUAGGUGAGCUCUUCAACCAGCAUCCCGACGUCUUCUACCUGUACGAGCCCAUGUGGCACAUCUGGCAGGCGCUGUACCCGGGGGACGCGGGCAGCCUGCAGGGAGCCGUGCGGGACAUGAUGAACGCGCUUUACCGCUGCGACUUCUCCGUGUUCAAACUUUACGCAGGCUCGCAGAACAUCAGCACGGCGUUCAUCUUCGGAUGGAAGACGAACAAGGUGAUUUGCUCGGAGCCGCUGUGCAGCGCAAACAAACGCGACGCCAUCGGCAUGGUGAAGGAGGACCAGUGCGGGAAGUGUCCGAAGAGGGACAUGCGAGACCUGGAGAGGGAGUGCAAGAAGUACCCGGUGAUGGUCAUCAAAGGAGUGCGCGUGUUGGACGUCAGUGUGCUGGUACCUCUGAUGAGGGACCCCUCGAUUAACCUCAAGGUCCUCCAGCUCUUCAGGGACCCCCGAGCGGUCCAUAACUCUCGCCUCAAGUCCAAGCAGGCCCUGGUCAAGGAGAGUAUCCAGGUGCUGAGGAGCAAGAAGCAGGCGGACAAAUUCAAGCGGCUACUGGUGCCCAACAACCGGGUCAACCGGGCAGAGAACUAUGUGUCAAGCGCCAUGGAGCUGAUCUGCGACAAUUGGCUCAGUGACCUAGUGUUGGAGACGAACGCGCCUCCGUGGAUCAAAAGGAACUAUAUCCGUGUACGCUACGAAGACCUGGUACUUCACCCCAUGCAGGAGCUUCAGAGGCUCUUCAAGUUUUCCAACUUGUCCACUUUCUCCGCGCUGGACGAGUUCGUGUUGAACAUGACACACGGGCAAGGCUACUCCUCGGAUAAGCCCUUCCUCAUCUCGGCAAGAGAUGCCAAAGAGGCCAUCUACGCCUGGAGAGAGCGCCUGAACGUUCAGCAGAUCCAACAGGUGGAGGCCUACUGCAGCGAGGUGAUGAAGCAGCUGGGUUACCCCAAGAACAGCGUGGAUAAGACGUAGUGGUGGACUUGUCGAGAUGGAUGUAAGGAUAAAGGGGCCAUCAGGUAAAACAAGUGAGGGCUGUCGACCGGUAGCUGUACAACGGAGGAGGGGGGGUCACCCAUUGGCCCAACACCAGCCGGCCAAUCGAGCCUGGAGGAGGCUGAAAACACCCAGGAGGAGGAGGAGGUGUGGAGCAGUAGGACUGACCACACUGUUCAUUCACCACCACGGCCCUGGAGCCGGGCUCUCUGUGGGGGCGGAGGUAAACAGGAGCCCUGGCCUCUCUCAAAUGGACCUCCUCGGGGCUCCUGAACCGCUCGCCAGAACUAAUCCCUCUUCAGGGCCCCUGCCCGGACGGACCAGACGUGACCCAGAGGGGCCUCUGACAGGGACUGCCGACACAAGCGUAGCCUAGCUAAUGUACCGGCGUGUCCAUCACGGGGCCUCCUGACUCACGAGCAACCCCGAGACGGAAACUCUAGGGGGCUGACUAACAGUGUGGUAUCAGAGGAGAGGGGGAGACAGGGGAGGAGGGAGGGAGCGGGGGAGAGAGUGGGCUGGGGGGCAAAAGGCAGGAGUGGAGGAGGAGGGGGAGAGGAGGAAUAGAGAGAGGAGGAGAGGGCAGUGUCCACUUUUACUACCUCGUUUUUGGUUCUCCAAAUACGAUUCAGAAAACGAUCGCUUCACUCCCAGUUCCCAACCUGAACCAUAGUGGCCUCACCCAAACAGACGUAGUCCGGGGGGGGGGGGGGGGCUACAUCUGUUGGACGUCAGACUACAGCUGAAGGAUGCAAGGACCAAGAGCACGGAACAAUUGACACCUUUGCAGUGUGAGGACCACUUUAGUCUUACAUGGGGUUGUUCCUGUUUGAACAAAAAUUCUUGGACUCUAGAAUAUGCUAUUCUUAUGUAUUUAUUCUAUAUUUAUUCUACAUUAUAUUUGAACACAUCAUUGCGAGAGAUGCGAAUUGCAUUGGAAUGUCGAGAAUAGUGUUUGAAUAAAGUUACGAUACAAGACCGUUA